GAACAACUGAGCGGGGUGCUCACGUGACGCAGACCACGCCUCUCCUGCAGCUCCGCCCCCGUGCAGUUGGUUACGCCGCAGAUUUCGAGGUGCGCCAUUCUGGGAGCUGCAGCUGGAGAGACAGGUUUCUUUUGUUCUAACAUAUCAACAUGAGCGGUUGUAGAGUUUUCAUCGGUCGGCUGAACCCGGCUGCCAGGGAGAAGGAUGUCGAACGAUUCUUCAAAGGAUAUGGGAGGAUCAGAGACAUCGACCUCAAACGAGGCUUUGGCUUUGUGGAAUUUGAAGACUCAAGAGAUGCAGAGGAUGCAGUUUAUGAGCUUGAUGGGAAAGAACUGUGCAGUGAAAGGGUUACCAUUGAGCAUGCACGACUUCGUUCCAGAGGUGGUGGCAGCAGAGGAAUGGGGCGGGGAAGAUUCCCUGAUCGUUUCAAUAGUCGUCGCCCACGUAAUGAUAGAAGUGCUCCACCUGUAAGGACUGAAAAUCGUCUCAUUGUCGAGAAUUUAUCAUCCCGUGUCAGCUGGCAGGAUUUGAAAGACUUCAUGAGACAAGCGGGCGAAGUUACAUUUGCUGAUGCACAUAGACCAAAACUAAAUGAGGGGGUUGUUGAAUUUGCAUCUUACAGCGAUCUAAAAAAUGCUGUUGAGAAACUAUCCGGCAAGGAGAUCAAUGGCAGAAAAAUCAAGCUGAUUGAAGGAAACAAAAGGCACAGGUCAAGAAGCCGUUCCCGUUCCCGCAGCAGAAGCUCAUCCAGGUCUCGCAGUCGUUCCCGCUCCAGGAGUAGGAAGUCCUACAGUCGCUCUCGCAGCCGUAGCCGUACUCCCCGUAGUAACCAUAGCAAAUCUAGAUCUGUGAGUAGGUCCCCUGUUAAAGAAAAAUCCCCAAUGGCUGCAUCUAGAAGCCCAUCAAAAUCCCCUGCAUCUGCUGACCAUCAGAGGUCUCGGUCGAGGUCUCGAUCUGUUGACAGCAGAAACUGAACAAUAUCUUUUUUUUUUAUAAUUUUUUUUUUUAUUCUUCCCUUGUGUUUUUUAUAUAUUUUUUUUUGUGAAGUGUAUAUACUUGCUAAAUCUUAUCAGAUGAGAGGACACUAGACAUUUUGUUUUUAAUUUUUUUUUUUUUUUGUGGACCACUGCCCAGUAGAUUCUCAACUUGUCUUUUGAUAAACAUCACCUCAUCUGAACUGUACAGAUUGUGUAAAUGUACCUUUUCAUAUGUAUUUUGGCAUGAGAUGAAUUUUGUCUCAUGUCUACUGCUGUAUAUAGCUGUACUUUCUACCCUUUCACCCAACUCCCUUAAAAUAUUUCAUUUGUGAAAUAUGCCGUUUAAAUAAACUUUAUUAAAGACCUA